AUGUCCGUACCAGUGAGUUUCUACCGCUCUCCUCCGCAGCAGCGCGUCUCGUUGGACAACUUCCAAGAGCUAGGUCGACAGCGCGUAAAGUUGCUGACUCAGGCACUUAAGCCACCAAAGGACAUGUUAAACGAAGCCACAGAACUGCAGGAAGGGACCGAUACCGACUUGCUGUCCCAUUACGCUCUACGACUAGCAUUCUGCAGAGUCUCCAGCGGGUGGGAUUGGCUGGUCCGUGCCGAAGCAAAACUCUUCGCAGCUCGUCUUCGUAAAUUGCCACCAUACACAGCCGUGGCAGUGCUCGAACGAGAGGGGAUCAAACACGAACUACUUAACGAAGACAACCCAGAUCUCGAUAAAACACAGGGCGGCAUUUACCGUGUCCCUUUUGCAGAAGCACCAAGGCUGGUGAAAUAUCGCGAGGUGGUUAUUCACGACGGGUUCUGCUUGGUACCUCUUCGAAGGAUGGACGUUGUAGCUGUGUAUCACUUUCGACGAUGUUUGGAAGAGCAAAUGCGAGACUUGCAGUGUGCUAUACCAGCGCAAGGACCAGAGUUGGAGCGGCUGACACCGAUACUCGAUGGAUUCGUCGUGGAGGCGCGUGUCUUGACAGGAACCGCGACUUCGUUGGCAAAGAAAGCUGACAGGUCAAAGCUGGAGGUGAAGGAGAUUGACCGAGUUGCUGAGAAGCAUUUCCCGUUAUGUAUGAAGCAGCUACACCGCAAGCUACGUGAAAAUCACCAUCUUAAGUACGAUGGACGAGUGCAGUAUCGAAUGUUCCUCAAAGGUGCGGGGUUCUCAGUGCACGAGUGCAUUCAGUUCUUCCGCUCCGAGUUUAUCAAGACGAUACCUGCUGCCAAGUUUGAUAAGGAGUACACGUAUCACAUCCGCCACAGUUAUGGACUUGAAGGCUCCCGGAAGGACUAUGCGCCUCUGGAUUGUGAACAAAUUAUCUCGGGUGGCGCUCCCAGUCACGGACAAUAUCACGGCUGUCCGUUCAAGCACUGGGGUCGACCAGCCUUGCAAGACGAACUGCGUCGUCAUGGCUUAUCGUUGCAAACUACAAUGGAAAUCACGCAACAAGCGUCUGCAGGUAAUUGCCAAAGUGCAUGCAGAGCAUUUUUUGAGGCAACACACUCUUCCACAGCUUCACCGGCUCAGUUCGCCUUCAAUGCCGCACACUUAAGUCAUCAAAAUGGUUCAGCAGGCGAAAGUAUUGCCAUGCAUCCAAACGCAUACCUGAAUGCCAGUAGACUUGCCACAUUAGAAUGA